AGCACUCUGUCGUCACGGAGGUGCUCAAAUAUGGCCCCUGUAUCAAUGACGUCACGGAGGUGCUCAAAUAUGGCCCCUAUGGUCGUAUCAGUGACGUCACGGAGGUGCUCAAAUAUGGCCCCUGUAUCAAUGACGUCACGGAGGUGCUCAAAUAUGGCCCCUAUGGUCGUAUCAGUGACGUCACGGAGGUGCUCAAAUAUGGCCCCUAUGGUCGUAUCAGUGACGUCACGGAGGUGCUCAAAUAUGGCCCCUGUAUCAAUGACGUCACGGAGGUGCUCAAAUAUGGCCCCUAUGCUCGUAUCAAUGACGUCACGGAGGUGCUCAAAUAUGUCCCCUAUGGUCGUAUCAGUGACGUCACGGAGGUGCUCAAAUAUGGCCCCUAUGGUCGUAUCAGUGACGUCACGGAGGUGCUCAAAUAUGGCCCCUGUGCUUGUAUCAAUGACGUCACGGAGGUGCUCAAAUAUGGCCCCUAUGCUCGUAUCAGUGACGUCACGGAGGUGCUCAAAUAUGGCCCUUGUGCUCCUAUCAAUGACGUCACGGAGGUGCUCAAAUAUGGCCCCUAUGCUCGUAUCAGUGAUGUCACGGAGGUGCUCAAAUAUGGCCCCUGUGCUCGUAUCAAUGACGUCACGGAGGUGCUCAAAUAUGGCCCCUGUGCUCGUAUCAAUGACGUCACGGAGGUGCUCAAAUAUGGCCCCUGUGCUCGUAUCAAUGACGUCACGGAGGUGCUCAAAUAUGGCCCCUGUGCUCGUAUCAAUGACGUCACGGAGGUGCUCAAAUAUGGCCCUUGUAUCAAUGACGUCACGGAGGUGCUGAAAUAUGGCCCCUGUAUCAAUGACGUCACGGAGGUGCUAAAAUAUGGCCCUUGUAUCAAUGACGUCACGGAGGUGCUGAAAUAUGGCCCCUGUAUCAAUGACGUCACGGAGGUGCUAAAAUAUGGCCCCUGUGCUCGUAUCAGUGACGUCAACGUGAAGCUUGAGUUGACUCUGUGGUUGUAG